UCCGUCUCUCUCUCUCUCUCUCUCGAAGCUUCAAGUCGACUUUCUAUGGCAUCAUCAAUGUCCUCUUCUUGCUGCGUUUCAUCUCUUCGUCUAAUCCCAUUCAAACGAACCUUCUUCUCUUCCAUUCACCCUCCUCCCAAAACCCUAAUCUUCCGACCAAUUCCCUCAAUUCUCCGAACGAUCAUCACUUUCCAGAAAAUCCCAACCGGAAUCGUCUCUUCAUCAUCAUCUCCGUCGAACUCAAUCAACCUCCAACCAAUCGAAGAGCUUCCUCCAAACCUACAAGACAUCGUGAAGCUAUUCCAAUCGGUACAAGAGCCCAAGGCCAAGUACGAGCAGCUCCUCUUCUACGGGAAGAAUCUAAAACCCUUAGAAUCCAAAUUCAAGACGAGGGAGAAUAAAGUAGAAGGAUGCGUUUCUCAGGUCUGGGUUAGGGCUUUCUUCGACGAGGAGCGUAACGUCGUCUACGAAGCUGAUUCUGAUUCGGUUCUCACUAAAGGCUUAGCUGCUUUAUUAGUUAAGGGUUUAUCCGGGAGACCUGUGAGGGAGAUUCUGAGGGUGACGCCUGAUUUCGCGGUUCUGCUUGGUUUGCAGCAGAGUCUGACUCCUUCGAGGAACAAUGGGUUUUUGAAUAUGCUUAAGUUGAUGCAGAAGAAGGCUCUGAAUCUUGAAGUGAAAGCAGAGGAGGAGGGUAAUACUAGUUCAGAAUCAAGAAUUGAGGAAGCAAGUGUUGUUGUUGAGGUGGGAGAUUCGGAGUCAAAGCCUAGUGUAGUAGUUGAGGUUGAAGAGUCUGAUAGUGUGUCAAAGGUUGUUGAUUUAGGGAGUAGAGGGAUGAGGAUAAGGGAGAAGUUGGAGAAGGAGUUGAGUCCUGUUGAGUUAGAAGUUGAGGAUGUUUCUUACCAGCAUGCAGGGCAUGCGGGUGUUAGAGGUAGUAGUGAUGGUGAUGAUGGGGAGACGCAUUUUAAUUUGCGUGUUGUUUCGGAGGCUUUUCAAGGUAAGAGUUUGGUCAAGAGGCAUAGGAUGGUGUAUGACUUGUUGCAAGAGGAGUUGCAGGGUGGGUUACAUGCUUUAUCUAUUGUGGCUAAGACUCCUGCUGAGGUUUGAGAGUGUUGCAGUGGAAGGAGAGACUGUUUCAGAUUUGUGUUCUUCUUUUACUCCAUUUGCUUUGGGUUUUGUUCUUUGGGACUUUUAAUAAUGUUUGACGCUUUGAGAGCUUGAUCAGGAUCGUGUUAUAUAUAGUUUCUAAAUGAGGGGUAUUGCUUGUACCUAAAGGAAUUGAUCAUAUAUAUAAUGUUUUCACUUCAUGUUUCCCC